GCGCAACCAGCUCGCUAGCGGCCAGGGCAGCGCCAUAUUGACAAGAGCUGUCUGUACACCUUCGUGUGAAAUGGAGUUUUUUUUAAGGUGUAAUUGUUUUAAAAGCAGUGUUAAAUGAAAUCAUGGACAAUUCGGUCAUCUGCGAGCGUUCGUGAGUGUGUUUUUCAGCCGGAGAACGCGCAUCUUCCAUAAACAAAGCCGUCUAAAUCGUUAUACGGCGCUAGACGUUGCGAUCGACUCGAGCCCGUAGCCAGGCCAGUGCGACGCUCUAAUCGACUUUUACAUUGGACUUUCGAUGUGGCUUCCCGAAUCUUGUUACUCUAACGAGAUUAGCCCGAAAUAAGGCCGUUAUAAGGGCAUCGUUCACCACACCCAGCAGUGCCAGUUAGUGGUGAUGGCCGUUUCAGGAAGUGUCAGUCUGUAGUGGGUGUGUGUUUUGAUUGGUCGGCGUGAAUGGUAGCUGACAGAAGUGCCAGGUCCCAUCUACCAUGCAGUGUUGUCAGUCGGAUGAGGCACGGGAACAAAAACGCAUUAAUGCCGAAAUUGAAAAGCAGCUGCGAAGGGACAAGAGGGAUGCCCGACGCGAGCUCAAGCUUCUUCUGCUUGGGACAGGAGAAUCAGGCAAAUCGACUUUCAUCAAGCAGAUGAGAAUUAUCCAUGGAGCGGGCUACUCCGAUGAGGAUAAACGCGGCUUCAUCAAGCUGGUCUACCAGAACAUCUUUAUGGCCAUGCAGAGUAUGAUCAAAGCUAUGGAUUUACUGAAAAUUCAGUACGCUGAACAUUCUAGUCGAGACAAAGCUGAGCUGAUAAAGAGCAUCGACUACGAAACAGUGACAACAUUCGAACCCCCCUACGUAGAAGCUAUCAAAGAUCUCUGGAACGACACAGGAAUACAGGAAUGUUACGACCGCCGCCGGGAGUACCAGCUGACAGAUUCAGCUAAAUACUAUUUGAUGGAAAUAGAUAGAGUGGCCGACUACGAUUACUUGCCGACCGAGCAGGACAUCUUGCGCGUCAGGGUACCAACUACAGGCAUCAUCGAGUACCCGUUUGACCUUGACGAGAUUAGGUUUAGUUAUCUUAGCGAUCUGGAACGGAUAAGGGCGGCCGACUACCUGCCCACCGAGCAGGACAUCCUCCGAGCUAGGGCGCCCACUACCGGAAUCAUAGAGUACCCGUUCGAUCUCGACAGCAUUAUCUUUAGGAUGGUAGACGUAGGUGGACAGAGGUCGGAACGAAGGAAAUGGAUUCACUGUUUCGAAAACGUCACUUCCAUAAUCUUUUUAGUAGCUUUAAGUGAAUACGAUCAGAUUUUGUUUGAAUCUGAAAAUGAGAAUCGUAUGGAGGAAUCAAAGGCUCUUUUUAAAACAAUUAUUACCUAUCCAUGGUUUCAACACUCUUCGGUCAUUUUGUUUCUGAACAAGAAGGACUUGCUAGAAGAAAAAAUCAUGUAUUCACAUCUCGUCGACUAUUUUCCUGAAUACGAAGGUCCUCAACGAGAUGCCAUUGCAGCUAGAGAAUUUAUAUUAAGAAUGUUUGUAGACUUAAAUCCGGAUAGUGAAAAAAUUAUAUAUUCACAUUUCACGUGCGCCACAGAUACCGAAAACAUAAAAUUCGUAUUUGCGGCCGUGAAAGAUACAAUUUUACAGUCCAACUUGCGCGAAUACAACCUGGUCUAGGAGCCGAUGUUUUUGUAUAAAAUUUUCGAAAAAAAAACCAAAAUGGAAACCAAACAUUGUGAUCUGUUCUUAACAAAAAAAAUAAGUCCUCCUCAAUCUCCUCUUCUUUUCCACGACAGCAAAACCGGUACUACUCCCUCUCCCACUAGCGCCAUCUUUAUUUUGGAAAAGACGUCGAACAGCGGUACGCUUCGGAGGAGAGAAAAAACUUAUUGUGAUGUUUUUAUUAACUGUCGAUUAUAAAUAUAUUAUGUGUCAAGUGUGCGCUUAGCUUAGUGUACCAUUUUUUAUACACACAGAAAAAUGGUCAAGGAAACAAAAAAAAAUGGAUUCAAAGCCAGUGUUUUAUUUUUUAUCAGUGCAAAAAAUCUUGACUUGAUUUUAUUAUAAAUAGUAUUGUUAUAUAUAUUAUACAGUGUCCACCGGAAAGUUUGUAUCUCGUAUAAUUAAGAUUGUUCGUGGUUUUAAACUAAGUUUCGCAGCUUAAACUUAGGUUAAAUUCUUUAUACACAGGGGCUCGUGUAUAUUUUAGCUAUUGAUAGCUAUAUCCGUAAAUAUUGCUUUUAGGCAAAAAGUUUUAAGUUGUAUUGUAAACCAUUUUUUUAAAUACACUUAGAUGCAAAAAAACGCAACGCAACAAUUUUCAUCAAGUUUAAAGUGUGAUAUUUUUUUACUUUUAGCUCUAUUUUCAUGAUUUUUUUAGCAAACUGUAUAUGAAUCUAUCAACUUUAAUUCAUAAAUUGAGAUUUUUAUAAACUUGAGUAUUUGGCUUAUUAUACAGGGUUAAUUGAGGGGUAGGUUUUUUUAAAACACCCUGUGUUAUAAUUUCGUCGGUGACUUUUCUUAAAACAUUAUUCUUCUUACAGAACCAUGUAUCCUGGGCAUUUUGUUUUUUGACUCAUGUCAACACAUGGCUUGGUUAAUUUUUAAGAGCGAAAUGAACUUGCCACCAACAAUUUGCAAUUUUUUCAACUGUCAUUAGUUUAUGAUGUUAUAAACUCUAUUAAAAUAUAAAAAAAAA